GGAAAAUAAUCAAUUCACAACCAUUCCUGAAAACGUUGGGGAAAUGAAAAAUCUACUGCAAUUAGACAUGUCAAGAAACAAGAUCGACCAAAUUCCUGAGCGAUUGCUAGACAAUCUUAAUAGACUCAAACUACUGUCAUUACCACGAAAUAAUAUCAGUUCCAUAUCAAGUCAGACUUUUUCCAAGCUCACUGACCUUGAGUAUUUAUUGCUGAAUGGUAAUCGCCUGGUCCGCAUUCCAAAUCGAGCCUUUAAUAGUCUUAAGAAGCUUAAAAUCGUAAUGCUUUCAGAUAACCAAAUAGACCUCAUUGGAUCGAAGGCUUUCGUUUUAAGCAAUUCAAGCAUGAGAAUAUAUCUGAUUCGCACAGCAAUGAAAGCAGUGGAUAUUGAGUCAUUUGAGGGUCUCCAGGGCCUUUCCACCAAAAUAAGCAUGAAUGAAGGAGAAAUAGGAUCGCUGAAUUUCAACCGGGAGAAUGGUUCUGUGCAAUGUAGGGUGCAACUGGGCAUUGGACAAAGUGAUCAAGAGUAUAUUGAGCUGGAUGAUAUAGACGAAGACAUGAAGGGUGUGCUACGUAGAGUUCUGGAGCAAUCCGGUUUUGCUAGCCGUACAGGCAAUUAUAAAUUCUUGCCUUGCCCUGCUGGAACCUUUGUUAAUACUGCAGAUAAAGGUUUCACGAGUUGUUCAGAGUGUCCUCCAGGAGGCUUUUUUUCCGACACCUUAGCAUACGUCAGCGACCAGUGUAAAAGAUGCCCGAACGGCACAUUUGUUUCACCUGAUAAAAAGCCAGGAAGGCGAGCAUUGGAUUGCGCCGCAUGCCCCCAAGGAACAAAUACUUCCUCUUUUAGUGGAUUCCGUGCUUGCAAAUGCCUGAAAGGAUUUUACCGUACCCACCUGUUUAAAGGUUGUCAGGCUUGUCAAAAAGAUGGCUUCCUAUGUGUCGACGAUUAUGUCACACUCAAACCAGGAUUUUGGUGGAUGUGGUUUAAUGACGUCUUCAAAGGCAUUUACCGAAACUUUACCCUUAACUUGCGGGCUUCGAAGCCUUCCUCCGACAAUCACUUAGUUGAAUACACCUUUGAUCUGCCCUUACCUCACGAAUGCCCGAGAAAGGAAUCUUGCCUUGGUGGUCUGGAUUCAGCGUGCAAACAAGGCCACGUUGGUCCGCUUUGCGAAGUUUGCAGCCCUGGGUUUUACAAACGACUUCAGACUUGUAAGACGUGUCCAACAAAGACUUGGAUGGGAGUGCAGCUAGCCAUAAUCAUCGUGUUGUUGCUGAUACUAAUUGUGGUUGUCGUAUGGACAAGUUUAAAGAAAAACAGACAGAGUAACAACCAGCGUCCUCUUGUGGACAUAAUUUUGGCCAGGUUGAAGAUAGUUAUAGGAUUUUACCAAGUCACAUUUGGACUACUAAAUGCUUUUUCAUUCAUCUCAUGGCCAGGCUCUUUGUCUGUUAUUGCACGGUAUUCCGAAAUACUUCAACUUAAUGUCCUUCAAAUUGCACCGAUGCAUUGCCUUUUGCCGCAGCUUAAAAUAGACGCAUUUGGAAGUUUGUUUUUCAUUUUGGCCAUGAACUUUGGGGCUAUUGUCUUGGCUGUGGUAGCUUAUUGGGUGCGAAAGUUUAUGAUCCUCAGAAACGACCAGCUUGAAGAUGACAGAAAAUCUGAACAAGUGUCUCAGACUAAAGAACUUAUCUACAGAAAUCUGUUUUUCUUCUUAUUCAUAACCUACCUAAGCACUUGUUCUAAGACUGCAAAUGUCCUCCCACCCUCUUGCCGGGAGCUUUGUUUUACUGACGAAGGCUACGGCUGCUUCACGUAUCUCAAAUCUGAUUUCACCGUCGAGUGUCGCAGUCCAAGAUACAAGCGCUUGAUCAUCGUUGCAUACUUAACCGUUGUAUACAUUUUCUUCGUCCCUUUGGCUUCUUUCCUUGUCCUUUGGAAGAAACACAAAAAAGUAAAGGUUACAGAAAACGAAUCAAGAGAGCAACCUAGAAGCACCAGUGAAAUUGCAGCCGGGCUAAGAUUUCUUUCCGAAAAUUACAACGGCACUUCGUGGUAUUGGGAACUCAUCGAGAUGGUCCGUAAAGUCGUUUUAACAUCUGGUUUCAUUCUCAUAGGAGGAGAGAGCAGGGCUUAUGUUGGCUUGGCCUGUGUGAUUUCGGGACUUUAUGGAAUGUUAUUUGCCUACGUAAGCCCAAUUGAAGAUCCAUUUGAAAACAAAAUGAUGAUUAUAACCCUUGCGGUUACGUUCGUAAACUUGGGUAUCGGCGCUGUCUGUAGGAUCCCCACGGAGAAUGUUCCAGCCUCAAUUGAUCCCUAUGUUGACUCAGUUAUGUUCAAUUUUUUAGUGGUUGGAGUCAAUACGCUGGUGAUUGGUUUACUUGUCGUUCAGUACUCCGUCUACCUUUACAACUUUUUGAAAGAAUGGCGCAAAAAUCCUAAAUGGUCCAUGUCAUGUUGCUUGGCGAUGCUUCUUCCUCUUAACGAUUUACAAGGCGAACUUAGAGGAUUGGUGGGAAGGAACGUACUGAAACAGCAGCUUCAGAGUGGACGGAUCGGGAUGCCGUCCGUGACAGGAGCUGUCAAAGACAGUGGAGCUGUCGACUUCGCUCUUGAGGAAAGUGACGAAGAAAGCCAAGAUAGUCGGCCUCAACAGGACAACAGGCUCAGUCCCCAUAUUUCAAGCAAUUCCGAAAGUGUGUCAAUGAAUGAUAUCACUAUUUCCGCUUUAAUUGUUCAUCAUCCUCAAAAAGCCUCUAGUCCUGUGCAUCCUUCCAACUCUUGCCUAUGGACUUGAUCUCUGCUUCCAGCGUACAUCUCCUGGUGUUCCGUGGACGAACUCUCUUUCGUCUCCCUUGAGGAUUCCAGUUUAAAGCUUGCCUGGUGAUGGUAAAAGAUGACUGGUGCUUAGCCAUGUCGUGGCGGGGAAGCUUGCGUGCCCUUGCGACCCCCAGAGCUGUACCGGCGGGAGCCUUGUGCUCCUGGUAGGUUCCACAAUGCCGGAUUGGUCUGCUGGAGAGGGGUCAAACAAAACAACACCCUGGCGCUCCAAGCUGGAGUUUCAGCGUGGGACCAGCAUCCCCACCCUGUAAACUCUUUUAUUUGCUGGCAAAACGUCAACUGAUUUUGUAAAGCAACCAGUAAUAUCCACUUAUGGCAGAGGUGCGGACAAGCGUCCUUAGAAGAAGUUAUCCGGAAAACAUGUAUAGUAGUUUCUGAAAAUUUUUAGAAUUGCUGAUUACGGCAAUGCAGAUCGUCUAACUUUCUAAUGUCAUUCCAUGGAACUUUCUGGAACAUUCGAUUACGAUAUGUAAUCAUGAUGUAAUUCUACCGGAAUACCAUUUGUGAUGAAGUCAAUUUUAUUUGACCUACGGAUUGAAAAUCUACCAGAAUAUGUGGCUACCAUUUUAAUUCCGUUUCGUUAUUUUCAUUUCCGGUUGUUUCGUUACGUAAUAUCACGUGCAUUAUACCCACGUGCUUUUAGAUUUGAAGUCGCUUGUUACGUAUGUUGUAGUCUUGGUAUGGGUCGCCGUAUUCCCAAUCAGGGUAAAACAGUUCUUUAACGUGCUUAAGGCACGUUUUUUUUUUAUCAAAAUAAGCCGCAAAGAUAACAGAAUAGUUGUGUUGUAGGCUUCUGAAAUGUUUCAUAAUACGUUGUGAAUGUAUAAAAGGACUCAGUCAUCUGAGAGUAAUAGUUCCGUCGACGGCAGAGAACGGCUUUGUGGGAAGCUAUAGUGACAGAGAACCAUUGUUGUAUACUUGAAAGAUUGUGUAUUUCAAGUAGAUUUGGAGACGACUAUGAUUUAUAGUCUGUGGCAGGCUUAACUAGGUUUUUAGUGGAUUAUUACUCUAUUGGUCAAAGGAGUCACUUCUUAGUAAGAAUUAUGCGUUGGGAAAAAAGGUUCGCCCUCAACAAUUGGCUGGACUACAAAUCGUAUAACGUCUUUGAAUAGGAAUUUCAUGGUACCUAAGAUAUUUUAUCAGAAAGUUUCAUAAAAAUUGCGUACACGAGAAAUAAAAUAAAAAUACUAAAAGUAAAUUGAUAAAAGAAAUGACUUACUUCUACGGCGUUAUCCAGCCAAAUAAUUUUCCAUUUAAAGACUCGGGAGCGGUUUAGCAAACAGUUUAAAAGUUAAGCAAAGACAACAUGCUUGCAAACCGAACGCGUGGUCAAAACUGUUGCACAAGUUAGAGUUGGUGAACAAACGUGCGCUCCGUUUUGUUUUUAGAGAUAAGUCCUCGCCUUAUGAGGAACUUUGUAAGCGUAUCGGUCUCUCAAGUCUUCGUGAACAGCGAUUAGCGAAAAUUUUAUCCACUGUCUUUAAGAUAUUAACCAGUGAUGCAGGACCAAAAAGCUUACGUGAUCUUAUAACAAUUAGGUGCUCCACUUAUAACCUUAGGGGCACCACAAUACUGGACCUCUCAAAAGUAAAAUCAACAACCUUCGGGUUAAGAUCAUGGAGAUAUGCUACAUCGAAACUAUGGAACGCUUUACCGGACGAGUCUCGAAAGAUACAAACACUUACCACUUUUAAAAAUUACUUAAAAACAUUAGAUCUCACGGGACUCUAGCGCG